GCUUUCUGUUAUACAGAACCCAUGCAGACAUCUCCUCCAGGCAACACGUGUACAAAACAGUCACAGCCUCUUCAGAAUCAAGAAACUAGGAAAUGAAGCUACAGAGGAAACAAAUUCUGCGAUGGUGUCGUCCGGCCAUUUGCCAAGUGAAUCCCAAAUGGGACCUGACAGCUGGCACAGCUGGUUCGUCGCCAUUCUUUGCUUCUUGGUGAAUUUGCUGUUUUCAUCGUUUUUCCGCUGCGGUGGCCUUUUCUUCACUUCAAUGAUGACCACGUAUCACGCUACAAGGGCUCAGGCCGCGAUGCCAUUGGGUGCCUACUGUGGUUUCGUCAAUCUUUCGGGUCUCGUAGCCGGCGUCCUGAUACACUCGUUCGGCAUGAGGAUCAGCGUCGCACUCGGCGGACUCCUCAUGUCAGCAGGUUGUCUUGCGUCAGCAUUUGCUACUGGAAUACCGUUCCUCGUUGUAUCCGUCGGCGUCGUCACAGGCUCAGGACAUGGAAUCCUGCUGUCCUGUGUUAUCGUCGCUGUGAACGAGUACUUCGACAAGAGACGUGGCACUGCCCUUGGUAUCAACAUGGCUGGUGCCCCUGCAGCUUCCUUCAUUUUCCCGAUAAUUUUCGAUUACUGUCUCACCGAGUACAGCCUGCACGGAACAUUUGCACUUGUGGGAGCACUGUUGUUGAAUGUUCUACCAAUCAGCCUCUUUUUUCGCAAGCCGCCGUGGAUGCAGGAACAGUACUCCAAAAUAUCUGACUUCUCCAGGAACCGAGUCAUUGAUGGAGACGACGCACAAGAAAAAAAAGCGAGUCACUAUAGUGAUUACGUGGCAUCAACUUUGCGACCUCUUGUCGGCAUUAGCAACGACCAGGACGAUUCUUCGUGUGACGACAACGUUCUAUUUACAUCAACGAAUAGAUCGACAAUAAUCAAGCUGUCUAGGUAUCCCCUAUCCGUGAGGCCUAAUUAUGAAAAACCUUUAAGUAAUUCACACGGGAUACCACACAUGUUCGAGGCCUCAGACACAAGCGUUAUGUGCGCCGAAAAGAGAGAAGAGCUGUCUUGGAAGUUGCUUAAACGAAACAGUGUUGAUGUGCCAUAUAUGAGGGAAGGUCGAGAACCGCGUUGUGUCUGUGUGAACUGCUCAUGUAAAAAUGAGUGCUUGGAAGAAAUUUUUCAACAAAAUGUGGGCUCACCGGAGCUGCACAGGGCAGAAGCAAACAUUUCUGCGGAAAAUUUACCUCUGAAAGUUAUGAAAAGGACGACAGACUGCAUGAAAAUGACAUCAUUGAAAAAUACGAUGCUGACUUUCACGGGCUCUGCUGAGCCCCCGGAGGCAGGUAGGAAAGGUAUGGAAGAUGAGACAGUCCCCUUGAAGAGUGAUUAUUGUGAUCAUACGCUCAAGUCAUUGGAAGAAGUAUGUGAUUUUCAAUAUUCAGUGAAGGAAAUCCGUACACGAUCUCUUUUGCGUAGCGCUAAGGAGGUCCUGUCUACGCGACGGUUUUACGCGCACAUGUUUAGCUACUUCUCUUUCUGUUUCUUCUUGGAUACGUUUCUGGCUGUGGCCGUUGACUGCGCAGUGGACAACGGGAUUAGCAAAGAAGAUGCUGCGCACGUACUAACAUUUUUCUCCUUGACCGACCUGGCGGGACGGCUGCUGAUACCGCUGAUCACCGAUUACAAGAUCGCAACUCCUCUUGGCGUCACGACACUCUCUUAUCUCGUCAUGGUCCUUAUCGGCACGACGAUGCCAUAUGCCCAAAGUGACGUUGUGUUCUGGAUACUAGUUGUAAACCUUGGACUUCCAGUUGGCUACGUAAUGGUUGCCAUGUCUCAAACUAUUGCAUGCGACGUUGGUGUGCGGAACCUCCCCAUGGCUUACGGUUUUGUAGCAUCAGUGACAGCUCUGGGGGCAUUCAUGAGGCCGCCAGUCAUAGGAUAUUUCCGGGACGCGAACGGAUCAUACGGUGGACUUUUCCACUUCAUGGGAGGAAUGGUUUUCACAUCUGUCCUGCUCACUGGCUGGCUGUGGGCUACAAGUAGACGACAAAAUAAACUGCAACACAAGACUUUGUCGGCCGAAAAAACGGCGGGUCUAAAUGUUUGACAUAUGAUGUGUGUGCAUGAUUCAGUGCUUGUCAAUACUAAGAGUAUUUGGUGAAUUGAAGACAACAUAAUUUAGGUUCUUUCAAUAAGCAGCAAUGUACGGAGCUUUGCAGACUGUCCGGAAGUUGUCGUGGCUGCCCUUAAUGCAGAAGUUUGAUAAAUAUUACGAGCCCGUACCUUUACCUAAUUUGCACUUAUAUUUUCAUCUAUUAAAAACACUUUAAGCUUCCGAAGGUACUACAGAAAGGAGUAGUGAAAAUACUACUCACGCUAGUAGCUAAAACACAGUUUCGAAGCUCUGUAUGUUCGUUAUCUGGCGAUGUGCGUAGGAAGGUUGUUGUGGUGGUUCUUGUCUCAGGAAAAAUCACACCAAAAACAGCAAUGGCACACUUUUUGUGAGUAGAUGGAAGACCCACCUUGCAGCCUUGUUGGUACGAAACGAAGUGGAUGAAACAGGACAUAGUUCAAGUGCCUGUUAUAAAAACAAACCCCGUGAAAAAGCCUUCUAAGCAAGUUUAAUUACGUCCUAAUGAAACCACAAGCGAGUUCAAGUAGUUUUUUGUAUACUCGACUCUGUAAAAUGAAGUUAUUAAUAUAAAAAUAUGAGUGUCCUAGCACUUUAGGUGGA